AUGGACGGUUGGGAAACCACCACGGCGAUGCACCAAGGUAUUCUCAGAAACGAACUUUCUUUUUGCAAGAAACUCAUUGAACUGGGAGUUAAUCCUACGGCUACUCCAAGAACUCCAGACAGCCAUCCGGGUGUCAUGGAAGAUGAGUAUUCUGUUGAAACCUCGGUCUUAGAGGACGGGAAGAUGCCCUACGAGACUAGUUCGAUUUUCUUGGCCGCAAAGUAUCUCCCGGAUCUCAUAAUAUCGGAACUAUCAAAUCUUGCACCUUCUCUUGCCCAAAGCCUUCUGCCAGUGGCGGUGCAAGCUGGAAUGGAUAUUCCCGAGAUCUCUGAACUUCUAUCCAGAGGCGCCGAUAUCAAUGGAAUCGACGGUAGACUUUGGACGGCUCUGCAUUACGCUAUAUCUCGAGAAGAUGUAUCGUUGACACAUUAUCUUCUAGACAAUGGCGCAUCUCCUGAUGGGCGGAGCAGUGAAAGUGCCGUGCCCUUGCACACAGCCUUGGACCCUGCCCAGGCCUGGCCACUAUCCUUUCUCUUGACCCCAUUGGUUUUAGCAGUUAAGCUCAACAACUCGGUACUUUGCGAGAUCCUCAUCGAAGCCCAAGCAAAUGUAAAUCUUUCAAUGAAAGACAAGCUCCCCGGGUUCUUCGAAAGUGACAUGGCGGAUCUUUGUGAAAGCUACUUUUCGGCCCCCCAAUUCGAUUUUACGUGGUACAUUAAAGAUAGAGAAGCCGAUAACGCGCAUAACAGGUUCCAUUACCCUCGCAAGAGUAAAAGCGCUCGGUGGUGCAAUCUCUGGACGGCUAUUGAGGUUGCCGCGGCUGAUGGAUUUGCGGAGAUUGCUGAAUUGCUGUUGUGGAACGGAGCAGACUUACAGAUGGAAUGCACAUCUUCCCCCUUAGCCUUCGCCGCUGCAUUUGGCCACGUCGAAGAUGUCGAACUAUUGCUGGACUACGGAGCACAUCCACAGUAUAUCACAAAUGAUGGUUGCGAACUUUCCGCCUUGCAGGUUGCUUGCCUUCGUGGCGACGCUGAAAUUGUGUCAAUACUUAUCGAAGCAGACGCCAUCAUUGAUGAUCCUGAUAUGGCAGGGCCAACUCCACUGCAGUGUGCGGCAAUGAGAGGCAAUGUGGACAUCGUAAGGGAUCUACUGAGACGAGGCGCAGGUCCUGAUGCUGUGCCUGAUACAUAUCACGGGCUUAUGGCCCUCCAAGGUGCAAUAUCCUACGACCGCAAAGAAGUUUUCGAGUGUCUUUUAGAGUAUUGGGACGAUACAAAUGCGCUCCCUGGAAAAUGGGAUGAUAUCGAUGACAAUGGAACUCUGCUCUCAGUAGCUGUAUCGGCCGAUUGCUCUGAUUACUUGUUGCGCCUUCUGGAACUCAAGUUGGAUCUUGAUCACAGAUUACGGUGUGGUUACACACGUGUGGAGGUUGCGCUUCUUAAGGCUGCUCGACGGGGCAGGUGUCAAAAUAUGCGUAUUCUUCUCAGAGAAGCGACCUUUCUUUCGCCGGACGUUCUCACCAAAGCUCUCAAUAUGGUGAGUCCAGAUGAUUCUGGCGCUCCGGACAUUAUGAGGACACUACUGGAUCGGGGCGGGAUACUUCGUCAAACUAAGCCAUCGGUCCUAUGCACAGAGAGUCUGGAGGAAAUGAAAACAUUGUUGGCAAGAGGGGCAGAUGUCAAUGAGCCUGCACAGGAAAAAUACCGGUUUCACCGGACAGCGUUGCAGAAUGCAAUCUCCCGACGAGACCUCCCCAUGACCAAGUUCUUACUUGAAAUGGGGGCAAAUAUCAAUGCACCACCGUCGAGCAUGAGUGGACAGACAGCGUUUCAGGAGGCAGUCUUCCAACGAGACCUCGCCAUGACCAAGUUCUUACUUGAAAAGGGGGCAGAUAUCAAUGCACCACCAGUGGCGGACGGCGGACGAACGGCUCUUCAGAUUGCUAGCGAAAAUGGAGACAUCGCCAUUUUCAAGCUUCUACUCGAGCACGGAGCAGAUGUGAACGCUCCUCCUGCUGAAACAGGUGGGGUGACUGCGCUUCAAGCGGCUUCUAUCGGUGGCUAUCUGGGGAUUGCCGAGAUCCUCAUUCAAGCGGGUGCCGACAUAGGCGCACCUGCAUCUUCGGAGGAGGGCAGAACAGCGCUCAAUGGUGCAGCAGAACACGGUCGCUUGGACAUGGUCAAGCUUUUGCUCGACAACUACCGACUCAAAGAUGGCGAAUCGUUAUCGCAACUGUGCGAUGAGGCCGUCGGGUACGCAAAGAGAGAACUUCACUGGGGAUCCGUGGAGCUUCUCGAGAAGUACCAGCGACCACCAAACCUCAGCCCGUGAAUGUCGCCAAGGCGGAAUAAAG